AUGGAACUGUGCUUAUUCAUGCGCUCCAACAAUCGUAUGAUAAAGGUCUCUGUAUUUUAUCCGAAUGAUUUUCAUGUAUCCUCUACGUUGCAGAUAAACGUGGCGGUGCAAUGUCUCAGUACCGAUUUCUCCAGUCAAAAAGGCGUGAAAGGUUUGCCUCUGCACAUCCAGGUGGACACAUACGAGGAACCGCCACCGCACACCCACACGUACACACCACCUUCGCAUCGUGGCUAUUGCCAGAUCAAAGUGUUCUGCGAUAAGGUGCCUGGUCUUUUUCUUGUUGUUUCUAAGUCUCGUUACGUCGUUCAGCCGGCGAUUCGAAUAAAAUCACAAGAACCAACCGAACUCAUGAAUCAUUCUGGUGGAGCUGAAAGAAAGACCCGGGACGAAGAGAGGAGAGCAGCAAAGAGAAAGAUGACGGCUACCGGUAGAAAAAAGCUCGACGAGCUCUACCAUUCCGUCACGGAACGCAGCGAAUUCUAUUCCAUGGUCGAUCUUCAUAAACCUCCCGUCCUCUUCUCACCACCGGCGGAACACACCAUAGACAAGGUACUUCUCGAGACUUCUGAUUGGAUAGAAGCUGAAGAAACUUUCUCGACGAUGGAGUUGUCGGGCUUCUACGGAGGUGGCGGCGGGGGCGGUGGCGAUACAGACACAUCGUCCCUAAGUAAUGGCGAGGGCGGAGGAUUGAAGGCGGGGGGCAGCAGCCCUUAUCCUGCCUGCGGCAGACCCAGCUUGCCAGCUCUCAAGUUUCACAACCACUUUCCGCCCGACAAUUUGACUAGCCUGCACGACAAGAAGGACUCCUUGCUGAUGCAGGUGCAGGAACUGCAAGGCUCGGUGCUACAAGGAGUGCAGCAAGCAGGUCUCACCGGAACAGUGGUAUCCGGAGUCGGGAACAGACUACAUCUCCAACAACAACCACCCCAUCUACGUCCAGCAGAUGCCGAGGAACGAGUGAUGCUCUACGUUCGCCAGGAAUCCGAGGACGUAUACACACCGUUGCACGUCACACCGCCGACCAUUCAGGGACUGUUGAACGCUAAUUACAGCGAAAAUUGACGACGACAUGAUCCGAUAUUACGUGGACGAGGACCUGUUCCUUCUAGAGGUAACACACUCCCGAGUAAACCCAGACCCGAGCAACGAGCGUAAUCCAGCCAAUCCUGGAUCACCAGGUGAUCCAGGCGAUCCAGGAGAUCCACCUGCCACAGCGGGAUACGACGUCACUUUGAUCGAACUACCCUCAUCGCCGGCUCAUAUAGCUCAUUCACCCCUUACGAAUUCCGCGCACGGCCACACGCACGUUCACGAGACUGAACAGUUUGACUGGAGAAAGUUCUUCAGGGACCUGCGUUCGAAGAAACCGUUCGAGGGAAAACAUUCAUGCAAGUUGAAGAAGAAGAAGAAGAAGAUGUUUCGAUUUAGUGAAAAUAAUUCACUCCUGCUUGGAUUUAAAGGAUACGCUCAUAAAGAAGUUGGAAGAAGAAAAGAAGAGGAGAAACAAUUUUGGCCG